CUGACAGAAGAAGAAAUCGCCAACACACAGAAGACACUAAAACACCAAGACAACCAGCAAAUGAUCGCUCCCUCGCUCUCAGUUUAAGUUGAACGUGUUCCGAUUCGGAUCUCUGAGGAAUGUUGAUCACAGAGCUCUUCAUUGACACUUCAGCGAUGAAAGAGCAUCUCUUUAUCAUUUUCUUGCUUACAGGAUUCAUUCCCUUCACUCUCUCUAUCCCUCGUAAGUAUUAUCUGAUCCAGCAAGGAAAAAUAUGGAGUGAUGCUCAGACCUACUGCCGAGCUACUCACACUGACCUGGCCACCAUAGAAGAUACCAAAAACAUGAUCCGAGUCCAAUAUGUCACACAGAGUGAAAAUUUUAAUUCUAGUGCUUGGAUUGGGCUUUCAAAUGAUGUCAAAAGCUGGCGCUGGUCAAUGGGAAAUCAACCACUUGGAAGCUUUUAUACCUGGUAUGGAACAAAUCCUGACAACUGGAAGGGAAAAGAAACUUGUGGUGCAAUAGCACCAUGGGGAUGGCUUGAUUGUCCAUGUCCUAACCUGUAUCCUUUUGUCUGCUAUGAUGCCACUAAAAGCACAGGACAAUACAUUUACUACUCUAGUUUAAAGAAUUGGUCUGAUGCUCAAAGUUACUGCAGACAGUAUCACACAGAUCUGGCCAGUGCAAAAACCUCGACAGAGAAUUCAAUCAUCAAAGCAAUGAUCAAAGCCAACACAUGGUUUGGUCUGUUCAGAGAUUCGUGGAAAUGGUCAGAUGGUACCAUUUUUACCAGCAUUCCCAUGAUGCCUGGACAACCAGAUAAUCUCCUAAAGAACGAAAACUGUAUGGCUUUAACGAAUAGUGAAGCAUCUGAUGAGCUUUGCUCAGACAUAAAACCUUUCUUCUGUUACUCCUCAAUCACAGAACGAAAACAAAUCAUUCGAGUCAAACUUCAGGCCAAUUCAGAUGUUAAUGAUCCUUCACUAAAGGAAGCCGUCCUGAAUAAGAUUUGGCAAAAACUCAGUGUUUACUGGAACAUCACUGUGAAAUGGAGAGGAAUCAGACGGAUUGGUGUUUAAAAAGAGAAAAGCAGAUAAAACACAUGGAGAUUGAUGAAGACUUGUAGAAAAUUGAGAAUAGUGGAGACUGAUGGAGACUGGUAGAAAAUGGUGGAGAAAAAUGGAGAUUGCUGAAUACUGGUAGAAACUGAAGAAUGUUGGAGACUGGAGGAGAAU